AGAGAGUGAGAGAGAGAGAGAGAAAGAUCGCUAGCAGUCCCUCAGAUCUCGGCUGUGGCGAGGACACCCAGGAGAAGUGCAUUCCUGAGGCGGCGAGCGAGGAGAACGCAGAGCAGAAGUCGCCGCAUCCUUUAUGUCCCUCCGUGACCAAGUCAGACCGCCUCUGACCUCAGGACUCUGGACUCUCUCACACACACACACACGUGCGCGCCCUCUCGCUGACUCGCACAGCAGCCAACUGGCUCUUCUGCUCUGUCAGAAGUGAAGGAUUUCCCCCCGGAGCACGGAGGAGAAGAGACGGGAUUGAAUAAGAAGGCAGACAGAAGAGAAGGAGAAACACCAACAACCUCUCAGUCGAGUCUUUGACAUGCGGUGUUGAGUCGUGCCGUCGAGCCAAGCUGAUCUGUUUUGAAGACCAUCUUACCCUUCACCUUCCCCCGCCUGGUCACGGAUGGAGCUCAAAGUGUGGGUGGACGGAGUGGUGCGGGUGGUGUGCGGCCUGUCGGAGGACACGUCCUGCCAGGAUGUGGUCAUCGCUCUGGCCCAGGCCAUCGGUCAGACAGGCCGUUACAUUCUGAUCCAGCGUCUUAGGGACACAGAAAGGCAGCUGUUGGCCACGGAGAAGCCUCUGGAGUCUCUGGCUAAAUUGGGCCAACAUGGAGGCGAAGUCCAGUUCUUCCUGCGCCGCACCGGCCCUAGCAGCAGCGACGGACCCUCCUCCAAACAGGACAGGCCGAGCCCCCCUUCACUGCCUAAGCAUCCUGAGCCGGAGCUUUCCAAACGCAGCCAGCGUGCUAAGAAAGCACUCACCUUUAACCUGGGACCAUCCACCUCUCCUAGAACCAAGGCCAAGCUGUUAAAGAGGUCCGCUCGGGACUCUCCGGAGCAAAGGGCCUCCCCCUCCCCUUCUCCGAGUCCCGUUUCCCCUCACGCGCUGUCCCCAUUGCCAUCGGCAUCCAAAGAGGAGGUCAUCAGGAAUGUUUUUCAGCAACAGGACAGGCUGAGGGCCAUGGAGGCCCAGCUGGAAGCCCUCGAGAGGGAGUCACAUACCUGGGAGCGUCCCUACUCAUCUCCGUGUCCUUCGCCAGUUCCCCACGCUCACGUGCAGGAAGAGAUGAACACUUUGGAGCUCGCAGCGCGGAGGAACCAGGCGGAGCUGGCCCACGAGCAGUUCUGGGAGGAGGAGCUUGAGGCCGAGGUGGAGAGGGAGCGAGUUAUGAGGAGGAAGCUGGGGGAGGUCCACGCCAAGCUCGACGACUGCGGGCGGCGGCUCCACUACUUCUUAGUUCGCUCCGCGCAGCUGGAGCAAGAGAUCCGGAGAGAGAGCCAGGAGGAGGGGAGAGCCAACGGGCCCGAGGAAUCUCUGGACGCCAUUAAGGCCGAGCUCCAGAGCCGGGAGAACCAACGGACUGAGCUGGAGGAGCAGCUGUCUGAGACUGACAAGGCUCUUGGGAAAGCAGAGUCUUUGAUGCAGGACAAGCAGGACGAGCUAGAGGAGCUGAAUAAGGAGCUGAGGCAGUGCAACCUGCAGCAGUUUAUACAACAGACAGGUGUGCUGCCGGCGCACGCCCACUCGCGCACAGAGCUCCGGGAGCAGCUGGAGCAGUUGGAGCUGGCCCAUCUCCUGCCCGAUGGGUACAGGAAUGGAGGCCUCGGUGCAGCUCACACGGAAACGCCGCCUCGCCCCACCGCCAAACAGUUCCUGGGCCAUCCACGCAACCUGCAAAACCCUCUAGUGUCCAGUCUCAACCCCGAGGUCGUUACUUCCCGAGAGUCGUCAUGGAGAUAAAACACGGACCGCAGGGCCAAAGGAAAGGUGUUCACUGUUCUGUCACCAUAACCUCUGCUUUAACCCCUUUCUUUGUAACUCAUUAUGUAAUCCACCAUGAUACAUACUGUACAUACAUAAGACAAAUAUAUUUACAGAGUUUUGCUACUGUAAACACGACUGUAAACACUGCAAAGAAUGUAUGAAAUGUAAAAUAAUUUAAAGUCCUUUUACCUAGAGCAAUUACUAUCACUGUAUAUUUAAAUAUAAUAAAAAUGUGCAUUGUGUUUUAGCUAAUAUUUUGUUGAGUGGUUGUUUUUCUUAAUGCCCUGUUGGAUCAUUGUUACAGCUACAGUUGCUAUGAGUGAAGGUACAGUGCAUCUAGAAUACCCUGCAGUAAAUAAUUAACACAC